GGCUGCAGCUGGAGCGGACGGACUGAGAUUGGGAUUUCGCGGAGCGGGGCAGGGCAGGGCAGGGCAGAGGCGGACUGGGGAGAGACGCACAUCCAGGAACCCGCCGCCAGAAGCAGCAGAAAGGAUGACAAGAUAUCCAAGCAAACUGGGAAAGUCUCCAUAUGUUGGUGAAUGAAAAGAUGUAAGACUUAAAUUUUGGACCAGGGAGUCAGAAGACUUAAUUCCCAGAUUCCAACACAAUUAUGGCAGAGUACAGCCACAUGCAAAACCAGCUGGAUUUACAAAAUGGUAGCUUAGAAGAAGGUUUUGUGGUGAAUUCCCUUGAAAAUAAUCUCCAAGGCAUAAUGGAUAGCUUAAAUCAGAAGAAAUACACUUCUAGCCUAAGAUUUAAAACUAAUGGAGACUACUCUGGCUCCUACUUAACUCUUUCACAGCCAAUGUCUGCCAAGAGAAGCCCAUCUCCUCUGGGAUCUGGUACCAGAAAUGCCUCCUUUGCCAAAAUCCAGGGAAGUAAACAGUUCUCUUGCGAUAGCACUGACAAAAACAUUUCCACCAAACCUCCCACUCCUUUUCUAGGUACUACACCCUCCCUUAGUGGGUAUCCCCUUGGGACAGCAGACUUUGAUCACUGUGCUGGCUGGGAGGAUGAAAGGUCCUUGAAACUUGCAGAUAAACUUCCUUAUUCCAAGUACAGCUCAAAGAAUAAGUCACAUGAUAACGUCUACUUUCUUGGGGGACUAGAAGGCCGAAAGGCAUCAGGCUCCCUCUUGACCAUGUGGAAUGGAAACUCCAUUAAUGAUGUUGGACUUUCACCCCUCCGGAGGUCUGGAGCAACAAGCAUGCCCUCCAGCCCAAAGCAAGCCAGGAAGAUGAACAUUCAGGACAGUAUGACUCUUCAGCCCAAAAUGGCAAAACACAAGGAGAUAAUAGCUGAGAAUGUUGGUUUAAGAACCAGAAAAUAUUCAGGAAGCUCCCUAAGUCAAAUGGGGGCAUACAGCCGUUCACUGCCCAGGUUGUACAAAGCUGCUGAGAACCAGCCGAUGCCACUCAGCUUGCCCCCAAGAAACUCUCUAGGAAAUUCUAAAAGAAAGAAACUUGGGGAAAAGGAUCUACCUCAAAGCAUAACAGAUGCUGACAACUACCUUAAUUUUUCUUCCUUAAGCUCAGGGGCUUUGCCAUAUAAGAACUUUUCGUCAGACAGCAAUCCAUAUGUUAGUUCGACUCUUAGCAUUCCCGCAAGCCCCCGAGUGGCUAGGAAAAUGCUGUUGACUUCCACCUCGUCCUGUGCAUCGGAUGACUUUGACAGGAUGUUAUUCUCAGGAACAAGCCCUAACAAUUCAUUUUCUCCUGGAGAGUUCAAUAGAAUAUUUGCUGGCAGAAGGGAAUUUUCUCGUAGCUCUAUGGAGUUUGAUGACACUGACUUGGAGAGCCUCAGACAGACUUCUAGUACUCCCCAGCCAGUUCUUAGAGAAAGAAAAAGCAGCAUUAGCUCCAUUUCAGGAAGAGAAGAUCUGAUGGAUUAUCACCGGAGGCAAAGAGAAGAAAGGCUAAGGGAACAGGAGAUGGAGCGAUUGGAGAGACAGCGCUUGGAAACGAUCCUUAGCCUCUGUGCAGAAUAUACUAAGCCUGACAGUAGCUCCGGUGCUAUGACCACUGUUGCCGAUGUGCAGAAGAUUAACAAAGAGCUUGAGAAGUUGCAGCUUUCCGAUGAGGAGUCUGUGUUUGAAGAGGCCCUGUUACCUCCAGAAACAAGAUACAGGUGCCACCGGAAAGCCUCCAUUACUGAUUCAGAGUUGUCAGGGUUCAGUAGCCUCAGUCAGAAUGCUACCAGCUUACCUUCUGCAAGGAGUUUCAGAAAUGAUGAACCAUUCAGUGACCACACCAAUAUUCCUCCAUUACCUUCCUCUCUCUUAUUGAAGGCUUCCAGUGAAUCUGCCUAUCUGAGUAUCGUACCAAAGACACCUGAAAGUGGAAAUGAGGAGCAGAGGAGUCAGGAGUUGGCUCAUAUGGAAGAGGCCCGAAUGGUAAUACUAAAUAACCUUGAGGAACUUGAACAAAAGAUUAAAGACCUCAAUGAUCAGAUGGAUGAGUCUUCCCGAGAGGGGGAUAUGGAAUGUGCCCUUUUGGAUGGUGAACAGAAAGCAGAAUCAGCUGAACUCAUGAAGGAAAAGGAGAUAUUGGACCAUCUAAAUAGGAAGAUAGCAGAACUUGAAAAGAACAUUGUUGGGGAAAAGACCAAGGAGAAGGUAAAGCUUGAUGCUGAGAGGGAAAAACUAGAGAGGCUGCAGGAAAUAUACUCCGAGCAGAAGACCCAGCUUGACAAUUGCCCUGAGUCCAUGAGGGAACAGUUACAGCAACAACUGAAGAGGGAUGCUGACCUGUUGGAUGUAGAAAGCAAACACUUUGAAGAUCUAGAAUUUCAGCAGCUGGAGCAUGAGAGCCGGUUAGAUGAAGAGAAAGAGAAGCUGACCCAACAACUCUUACGUGAAGUAGCUGAAUACCAAAGGAGCAUUGUCACUAGAAAGGAGAAAAUUUCUGCAUUAAAGAAGCAAGCCAGUCACAUUGUCCAGCAAGCUCAAAGGGAACAAGAUCACUUUGUAAAAGAGAAAAAUAACUUAAUACUAAUGCUACAAAGAGAAAAGGAGAACCUUUGCAAUCUGGAAAAGAAAUAUUCUAGCCUUUCUGGAGGAAAGGGGUUUCCAGUCAACCCCAAUAGUCUAAAAGAGGGCUUUAUCAGUGUAAAUGAAAUUAAUGAGCUAGGUGGCAAUUCCACGAAUCUAUCCCCUUCUACUCAGCUCCCCACUGACGCUGAUGCUGACGCUGAUCCCACUGAGCCUUCCACAGCUGUGCUGGUGAGCCAGCCACAAAAUCAAGAGCUACAAUCAUCUGUCUGUUCUGGAUCUGUAUCUCCUCACUCACUUUCUCCUCAUCCUAUUACUCAACUUCCAUCAGCCCAUUGGCCUGAAGUCUUGGCUGCCCCACCUGUUGACCCUUUUCCUUUAAAUGAUACACCACCUCCUCUUCCAGCUAAAAAGCACCGGAGGCACCAACAGCACUUUAGAAAUCUGGAAGAGAGAAAGAAACAACACAAAGAAGGCCUCUAUCUAAGUGAUACCUUGCCUCGGAAGAAAACUACACCUUCAGUAUCUCCACAUUUCAGCAGUGCUACCAUGGGAAGAAGCAUCACCCCCAAGGGUCACCUGCCUCUAGGACAGAGCAACAGCUGUGGCAGUGUCCUUCCUCAUUCCCUGGCAACCAUGUCAAAAGAUUCAGAAUCGAGGAGGAUGCACAAAGGAAAAUCCAAAAAAGGAAGAGUGAAUUUCUCAGCAGGGUAUAAUCACCAACAGAUGAAUGAAGGACAAAGGCAGAAAUCUUCUGAUUUUUACAACCGAACUGCAUCUGAAUCAAAUGUCUAUUUGAAUAAUUUCCAGUACCCAGAUCAUAGCUACAAGGAUCAUGCCUUUGAUACUUUGAGUAUGGAUAGCUCUGACAGCAUGGAAACCAGCCUUUCUGCUUGCUCCCCUGACAAUAUCUCCAGUGCCAGCACAUCAAAUAUUGCCAGAAUAGAAGAAAUGGAGAGGCUGUUGAAACAGGCUCAUGCUGAAAAGACACGUUUGCUUGAAUCUAGGGAACGUGAAAUGGAGGCCAAAAAACGAGCUCUAGAAGAAGAAAAACGGCGUCGAGAACUACUGGAGAAAAGAUUACAAGAAGAAACUAGCCAAAGACAAAAGCUAAUUGAAAAGGAAGUAAAAAUACGAGAGAAGCAAAGAGCACAGGCUCGACCCUUGACUCGCUAUCUGCCUGUUAGGAAGGAAGACUUUGAUCUGCGGAGCCACGUAGAGACUGCUGGCCACAAUAUAGAAACCUGUUACCACGUGUCCAUCACAGAGAAGACCUGCCGGGGCUUUCUCAUCAAGAUGGGUGGAAAAAUUAAAACCUGGAAAAAAAGGUGGUUUGUUUUUGACCGAAACAAAAGAACAUUCUCCUAUUAUGCAGAUAAACAUGAAGCUAAAUUAAAAGGAGUGAUAUAUUUUCAAGCUAUUGAAGAAGUCUAUUAUGAUCACCUCAAGAACGCAUAUAAGAGUCCUAAUCCAUUACUCACCUUUAGUGUCAAGACACAUGAUAGGAUCUAUUAUAUGGUGGCUCCAUCCCCAGAAGCCAUGAGGAUCUGGAUGGAUGUUAUUGUUACUGGAGCAGAAGGUUAUACCCAUUUCAUGUUGUAAUGAAUGGAUGCAGCAGUUCACAAGAGGGCAGAUUGCAAUAACCUUAUACCAGAAUUAAGCCAUAUUCGAUCCCAUAUGGAAAAACUCCAAGCAAGAAGGAUAGCAUUCACACACAUCACUUUACAAAUAUGUGUUUGGAACUCCCUUGUAUAUUAACAAGAGGCUUUGUUGUUGUGGUUUUUCACUUAAGAAGACAAUGGGAUGCCAAUUAGUUUGAUCAUAACAAUGGCAAAGCCUGAAGCUGCUGCAAGAAGGAAAACGUUUUGUUUUGGGAAUGACUGUAGCACCAGCACCAUUUAUAAGGCAAUUUUCUUAAAAACUUUUUUAUAUGAAUUGUCUUAGUGAAAAACCAAGCCGUUUACAAGUGUUUGUGUGUACUCAGAAAUAUGAAAUUAUUUUGAUACCUGAACCAAAAGAUACGAUUACAUAUAUUUUUAAUUUGUAGCAUUUGAUAUAUUAGUAACCAACUGGCUCUUUUUUUAAAGUACUUUCCUAUUGUGUAUUUCACCAACUAAUACUAUGGAAAGGGAGGAAAGGGUGGGAAACAAAAAGAAUUUAAAUGGAUAUUAACAUCCUCUGUAGUUGAAUAUUGCACCAAAGCCAAAGACUUCAUAUUGAUAUGCCUUCUACUUCACAGCAAUUCCAAGUGAUAACCCAUAUUUUGAUUCUUUGUACAAGACAAAAAGAAACUCUAACCUUUUAAUGAUAUUAAAAUGCCAUAGGAUAUUUUAUAAGCUGGUUUCAGAAUGCUACCUUUAGCCACAGACCAAGGCUACAACUGUACUGGGUCUUUUGCGGGGUCAACGAUACUCCAACCCCAGUUAGUUACAUUUCUAUGAAUCCAACUAUUUCUGGGACCCAUUAGAAACAAUUCCUGCCCCUUAACCCUAGUGUGAACUAUUGUAUUUACCAAGUAUACAGCUUUUAAAAAAAAAUGUUUCAGGAGAAGCCAUUUGCUAGAGAAUUCUCACACCAGGGCAAUCUUCAAUGAAGAGGGUAUUCAAUGGAAUCAAUUAUUUUUUUCUCUGAAGACAUUUUCCAAUCCCUGUGCAGAGCUCACUGAUAAUACUAACAACCACUCACAUAUCACUUUACAGUUUACAGGGAGUUUUCCUUACAGUAACCCCAUGAAGUCAUUAGUACAAGUAUUACUGUCCGCAUUUUACAGAUGAAGAAACUGAGACUGAGAGGUUGUCACUUUACUUAGGGUCACAUGGCUAGGGAGCAACAGAGCCAGAAGCUGAUUCUCUGUCUCCUGACUUCAAACCCAGGGCUACAUCCACUGUUUACGACUGCCCCCCAUUCAAGCAAUCCAAAGCCAUUUUUUUUUCCUUUUCCUUAUAUGCUUCUGCUUUAUUCUGGAUCCUGCCUUUCAAUUGUAGCCUUCCUUGACAGUGCAUCAAGUCAGUUUGUUGAGUUUUUAAUCACAAACCAGACUAAGAUUAAAAUUGAAAGUGAUUGUUAGUGAGAGGCAAGGAGGGGGAGGAUCUGUUUAUAAGAGGCAAAUGAAGUUCAACUCAUAAUGUGUUUGAGGAGGUAAAUCCUUCUUUGAAGUUAGCCAUUGCAUUUUUUUAUAGCGUUAAAGUCCAUUUUUGUUGAAUAAAACUUUGACUUCAGGCAAGUCAUUUAUAAUACUUUUCCAAAUGUUGUCCGUCCUGAUGGUCUGAGAGUAUUUGUGCAUUUGUGUGUAUGUAUAUGCAUUCUGUUAUUUAGUGGAAAUGUGGUAAAUGAGUAGCACUAGAAAAUGAUGAAUUUACCUACAAGUAUAAUAUGAAUUAGUAGAAUUAAAGUUUUUUUUCUCAAAAUCU